AUGACUCAAAAUCUUGAACAGGGUCCCUCAGAGGCAAGGGAUUCAGAACUGACAUCCUCAAAUACGGACGGACUCAUUAUAGGCGGGAGCAUUGUUGGCGGAAGUAUUACCAUUUUGGUACUGAUCAUCUGCUGCUGCUGUAGUGUGCGCUCGCGGAAGUCAAGCAAUGCAAAAGUACUGAAGCCUGUAAACAAACAGACUGGCGGUAGGAUGGAGCUGGGUGUGGCGGAAGAGGCUGUUUGUAAAACGGUGACUGACGAAGCGAUAAAAAAAGGUGGGAGCCGUGAAGCUGAAGCCGCUUCUGAGUUACCUGAAAAGAAAGUUCGAUUCUCCUUUGAGGAUGAUAAGAAGACGACAACUAAUAGCUCUGUAGUCAUGAUGGCUGCGCCUGUUGCCAAACCAACUACAAAUUUGCCCCCCUAUGCCAGGAUUCGAGAAGGUGUGACCUCGCUGUUUUAUUCAAUUGGAACACCAUAG